CCGCCAAGUCGGCUCUUCCUAACUCACUAGUCUUCAUUUGUGGAACCGGUCUCCGUGCAUUGAUUCAAGUCUGCGUAUGAGAAACCUUCGUUGAUUUCGUAUUGAUUCCAUCGUGCCCAGCAAGUACGGUUUGAAAUCAUAAGUGAACAAAACCGUUUAGUGCUUGGGUUUCCCAUCACCAAUGCUACUUUUCGCGUGUCCUGUUUCAUCUGAAAUUUCCAUAUUGCGACAAUUCAGUUUGUUCCGUCUUACAUACAUAUGACUGCAGUGUAAAGUUCGUGCGUAGUGCGCUGUAAUUCAUGUUCUUACUCGUAUGUACAUAUGUUGAUAAAUGAAGGUUCCGAACUGUCUUUGUUUCGUGUAGUGAAUUAGGUGAGCCUGGAAGCACGUUCAUUGUUACCACCUAAUUACUGGUGGGUCAGGGAGAAAACGAAGAAUUGAGCUUCUUUAGUUUACAUGGAAAACAGUUGUGAGUCAUGGUUCAUGCCCGUAAGAUGUACCUCUAGAAGUCGAUUGGAGCUUCCAGUAUGUGGGAUACCUGAAGUAUUAUAAUUACAAUAUGGACAAAACAACGAAUCGCGAUCGACAAUGAUUGAUUCAUUCUCAUAUUUGCGCCAUGCACCUUUAUUUGAUUUUGCAGUCAUCUCAUGCAACUUCUAUGUAUGCGGGGCUGCGGAGUAAUUGCGUGGAAAAUCUUCGAAUGUUCUGUAGGUGAACACCCUGUAUAUUGUAAUCAUGAGUAGAACAAACGAUAUCUUAUCAGCGUCAAGAUAUGGAGUCACCUCAACAAAUAGUAUUCACUUGGCCGAUCGAUUGGAUUGGAUGUAAUUUUGCAGUUUGUGUUUUGGCGACAGUGCAUCAUUUACCCCACUGCCAUUUUGCAAGUAUUUAAAAUUGUGAAAAGUGUAAAGUGUCCCAAGUGUUUAUCGGAACAUACACACAUAUGAGAAAAUACCCCGAAAUUUGAUGCAGCAGUGCAACACUCAAAGGUGUCUAGAAUGAGAAAGUGGAAGUGAAGUAAGGGAAUAAUCAACGAACACAUAAAUCGCAAUCUGAAAAAUGGAUAACUUCCUUAAACUCAUUAUAUUAACAUUAAUGGUGAUUUUCGCCAAUAAAAACUUUUCAAACGGGAACAAGGUGCGUUAUGAAUCUGUGGAGAAAGCCUGCGAAAAAUGUUCUUGUAUUGGGACUAAGGAUCGAACAAACUUUAGGCGAUAUAUACUCGAUUGUUCUAUGACGAAACUGAAUUACAUUUUAGCCGGAUGGCCGGCUGAAUUUGGAGAUAAUCAAACAGGCACCGAAAUUAUUGCUUCAUUCUCUGGAAAUCCCAUACGAGAACUCCCACAACUUCCAGAAACGGACGCGGUUGUCUCCUUCAGCUGUCGACAUUGCAACAUUACUGAAAUCGGAUCAGCUGUAUUUGUGGAUGUGGUAAACAUUAAACGGGUCGACCUCAGUUGGAAUGGAAUCACAGGUGACGAACUCAGAGUGGAUGUGUUCCGGGGAAGGUUUAGCAGUCGAGAGUAUGACCCGAUUCCGUUAGAAGAAUUAGAUCUAAGCCACAAUUUAAUUCUUACUUUGGAACGGCGGGCUUUUGAACAUAUACCUCACUUGAAAAUAUUGAACUUGGCAUAUAAUAAAUUUGACUUGAUUGAUCCAACCACAAUGGCUGCAUUGUCAACCGUUUCAGAGUUGACGCAACUCGAUUUAUCAUACAAUCACUUGAAAACCUUACCUGGUACUUUCUUCCACCCAUUUAAUCACAUUCACAAACUCCACAUUGAAGGAAAUCUGCUGGAAACCAUACCGGACUGUUUCAACCAAUUGGCGAAUUCUUUGAAAUCUUUGCACAUCAGUGUAAACCCAAUAAAAAUCAUUAGUGCCGAUAGCCUGUUGGGCUUCAAAAAUUUGAAAUUUUUGAAUAUGAGCCACAUGCCCGUCUUGAAAACUGUAAGUUCAGGAACAUUUGCCCAUCUAAAGUCUUUAGAGGUUGUUAUUUGCAAGGAUAAUCCACAACUAGAGACUUUUGAUGUUGAAAGUUUGAAAUUAGCAACAGACCUAAAACAAUUGGAUCUUUCAAACUGCAAUCUAAGCAGGCUUAAUGUUGAUUUCGAAUUCGAGAUGCCGAUAGAAAACCAAACUAAAUACUGGCAGAAUCUACAUAAAGUCCGCCUUUCCGAAAAUCCCUGGGAAUGUAAUUGUUUUAUGGCGCAUACCUUGGAAGGAAUGGUUUUAUAUAAUAAUGCUACAAAAUACAGUAAUUUUAAGGCUCGAUGCGCGACACCAUAUGAGCUGGCUGGCACCUUGUUGGAUGAUUUAACGGUGGAGAAAGCAUGCCAACCACUUUCGACGAACAUGCAAGCUGUUCCUGAUCCACCUCUUGAAGGUCAUCCAUUCCUGCGGCCAAAGGCAAUUGUCCUAACCAUAAUUGCAAGCGUCGUUAUAAUUGGAAUCGGAUUUGUUGUGGGAUUCGCAAUUGUUAUGAUCCGUAGAAAAUUGAGUCAGAGUAGUACCCUUUUCACCACGCCCAUCCGGUAUACCACUGUCAGGAAUAGCACAAUGUCUACGAUGUCGUCUGCCACUGUUGAAUAGCUGCUCAUACAUUUUAUCCAACAGUAAAACCUGUCUUGCCUUCCAUUGUAUGUACUAGUCUGACUGACUACUUAAUUAUGAAAUUGAAAGUAUUUUACAGAAACCUAAAAGCUAUUUCGUUUUGUGCCAAAGUUAGGGUUAAGUGUUUGUACAGGAAAUAUAAUGAAAAUAAAUAUUGUGAUCGU